GGCUGGCCAAGAAAGGUGUAUGUUUUAAGCGUUCUGUCAGUUUUAUGUUCUCCCGACACGAUUUCCGACCAAAUGUAUUUACUUAUUAAUGCUCGACGCAGAGGAGGGUGAGAUAAACUCAAGUGUGGAGCUCCAUGCAGCAGAGAGCAUCCAGCGCCUCAGACCGAUCACUUCUGCAUCCUCACCAUGUUCCCCAGGGUGAUUUUGAAGGAAACCAUGAUCAAAAAAUCUCAACAGAAGAAAAUAGUGUCACCUUGUAACUACAAAGAGAGAGUUUUUGUUCUGGAUACUCAAGAGCUGAAGUACUCCGAGUGUCGUCCCGGGAAAAAGCCCAUGCUGAAAGGCUGCAUCCCGCUGUUCAGGAUCAGGUGUGUGGAGACUGUGCUGUGCGAUGUCCCCAUUCCAUGCAACUACAAGUACCCUUUUCAGGUUUUUUACGACAGCCAUUACCUCUACAUUUUUGCCCCAGACAAUGAUUGUCGUCAGAGAUGGGUGAAAGCUCUCAAAGAGGAAACGAAGCACAACAAUUUGGUGGACAAAUAUCACCCAAAGCUGUGGCUGGCUGGAAAAUGGAGGUGUUGUCAGCAGGAGGAGAAGCUUGCAGCAGGUUGUCAUGUUUAUGACCCUGACGGCUGUGCGUCCAAGAAGCCUCUUCCCAAGCUCCCAGAUUUAGAGGUGCACGAUUCAGGAGAGAUGACGGUCAUCGCUCUGCAAGAUUACGAACCAGUACGAGAUGACGAAAUACCGCUGAAGAAAGAUAUGGAGUACCUCCUGAUUGACAGCAGCCAGUCCGACGUGUGGACCGUGCAGGACCAUCAAGGGAAUUUUGGUUUUGUGCCCAGUACGUUCGUGGCUGAAAAAUCUGGCAGCAAUUUUGAGAGAUUUGAAUGGUACAGCAAAAACAUAAACAGAGGGGAAGCUGAGAUGUUGCUCAAGAAAGAGGGAAAAGAGGGCGCUUUCAUGGUGCGAGACUCGAGCCAAGUCGGAGUCUUCACUGUGUCGGUUUUCACCAGAGCACCGGGGUUAAAUGGGGAGAAAAAUCCAAGAGUGAAACAUUACCAAAUCCGACAGGCAGAAACGGGCAAGGCGGCAUUUUAUUUGGCUGAGAAAUACCUGUUCAGCACCAUUCCUCAGCUCAUUCAUUACCACCAACACAACGCUGCCGGUCUCAUAACGCGGCUGAGACACCCCGUCUCCAGAUAUGGAUGCUGCACCCAGGAAGUACCAGAUCUCUUACAAGAUCAGUGGCAGGUGAACCCUACGGAGCUGGUGCUGGGUCAGGAGUUGGGCAGUGGCCAGUUUGGCCUCGUGCUGGAGGGCACCUGGAGGGAGAGGAAGGUGGCGGUGAAGAUGAUGAGAGAAGAGUGCAUGUCGGAGGAUGACUUUAAAGAGGAGGCAAAAGUCAUGAUGCGGCUCUCGCACUGUAAGCUGGUGCAGCUGUAUGGCGUGUGCACACAGCGCUCCCCCCUCUGUCUCGUCUUUGAGUUCAUGGACAACGGCUGCCUGACCGACUACCUGCGAGCCCGUCGAGGGCGUUUGUCUCCGGAUCAGCUGUUGAGAAUGUGCCUGGACGUCAGUGAGGGGAUGAUGUACCUGGAGAGUUCCAACUUCAUUCACAGAGACCUGGCUGCCAGGAACUGUCUCGUCUCAAAGAACAACGAGGUGAAGGUGUCUGAUUUUGGCAUGACCAGAUUUGUCUUCGAUGACCAGUAUACAAGCUCCCAAUGCUCCAAGUUUCCCGUCAAGUGGUCGGCCCCGGAGGUCAUCAGAUACAGCAAGUUCAGCAGCAAGUCGGACGUCUGGUCGUUCGGUGUGCUCAUGUGGGAGGUGUACACCGAGGGCCGUCAGCCCUACGAGCACCAGUCCAACUCAGAGGUGGUGGAGUCCCUGAACAAAGGCCUGCGGCUGCAGAAGCCGCGCUUGGCUCCACGUUCUAUGCACAUCCUCAUGGAGUGGUGCUGGAAGGAGAAACCAGACGAUCGGCCAUCCUUCGGCAUCCUGCUACAUGAGAUAGGAUCCCUCUCGGACAUGUGAAGCAGCCAAUUUGGAAAAUAAUGUUUUGAAUAUACUUUUAUUUAUAUUUAUUUAUUAAUUCAAGCACUGUUCCGAUGGUGUUUGUCAGGUUGGGAUGAUUCCAAAACAUGGAUCUGCACUUUAUCUGUUCCAUAGCGCUGUACACAGUUCUUCCCAAUAGGCUCUCACUCGCCUUUUACACUGCUGCCAAGGCUUUGUACAGAAUUUUAUAAGGUUUAUAAGUGAACAUUGACAUGGAUAUGUGCUGGAUCAGUUGCUGAUUAAAUGAUUACCUG